AUGCCACGUAAACUACGUAAGAAUAUACGUAAGAGGAAGAGAGCAUUGAAACAUCCAAUAGUAAGACUAACACCACAACAACAGUUGCAACAACAAAUGCUGAAUGACCCCACUAUGUUGCAACAAAUGUCAAGCAAUCCUAUGCUUUUAAACCGAGUUGUUGGUGCACAGAGUGGAGGUUUAAGAGCGGCACUUUUAGCGAAAAUGGCAGGCUAUGGUGGAGCUGCAGACGGAACAGCAUAUAACCCUCAAAGUCAAAUGAAUUUGAGUUCACUCAAAAAUCAAAUAACAGAUGUCAAAAAGUCAAACAUAGACAUACAGAAGCAAAUAAGUGAAAACGAAAAGAAACUAGAAUAUGACAGACACACAAAGAAACUCAAUGAGUUAAACGUAGAGAAAAAGAAGAAAGAAGAACAACUGAAAGAACUAAGUACAGAGGAAUAUGCGAAAAAAGUGUCAGAAAAAGCAGCAGAAGUAGCAAAAAUGGAACAAGAUGUCAUAAAUUUGAAAAACCAUACUACUCAAUAUAAAGUACUGAAAGAUGAAGAGAUAAAACAAAAAGCCCUGAAGACAUAUAUGGAUAGCGAUGAGUAUAAAAAAGAAGUUGAAGCAAAUGUAAAGGCAGAAAAACUUUUACAGUUGCAAAACCAAACCGUACAGUAUGAAAACUUAGCACAAGAAAGUAAAAAUAACGACGCAGCCAUGCAAAAGGCAAUGAAAAGCGCAGAAUAUAUAAAAGCUAACAAUGACUGGUUAGAUGCCCAAGCCAACGCUAAAGCAGCCCAACUCAUAGGGUCAAUAAGGACAAAAAUACAAGCG